AUGACACAGGAUAUUGAGCACUUGGACGCGACCGUUUUCAUGCCCCACGGUAUGCUAGAAGGUCUUUCCGACCAAUUUGACUGCAUCCCCCACUAUUUAUUCCGCACCUCAUCACCUCGAUCCGGGGGCACAACUAAUGAGACUCAUGUCGCAUCGGUUGCAGCAAUAAAUCAUUUCGACCAGAGUGAUAUCCUAGCUCGAGACUGGGAUGAAGCUGUUGUGAUGCUCCAGCAGCAUUUGCUAUGGGAGCCGUAUGCGGAAGACAACUUGGUAUCAUGGACUAGCUCAUUUAUUUUUGUGGUCCAGCACGCGAUACGUCGAGAGGAAACUGAUAAGCCAACUUCGGCAUCAAACUCAAUAUAUAUAUCAGUUCUGGACACUCGAAAAGUCCCUCGGGGAACAUUCUUGCCCGCUCGCGCUUUACUUAAAGCGUACGAUCUUCCAGACGAGGGAAAAUUAAAACACGAUUUCUACUACGGCGAGUAUAUUUCACAGGGCAGUUUAUACAGUGAUGCGAUUUCGACUACUACCCUGGAAUAA